UGUUAUGUAGGAGCUAGCUCACGUUUUCGCUGAAAUUUAUAUAUGUAUUUUAGGCGCACCGAUACACUGUAAUGAAUAAAACACGCUCUCAUAUUUUCAUUGGGAUAACUCACAUAUUGGCCGAUAUAUAAAGUAUUUCUCCAGUCCUACAGGCUGUUGUCCAGGAAAUUAACUUUAAACUUUAACUUUCACAAUUUAAUAAUUUUGAUUAAGCAAUUUGUUUCUCCAGUCCUACGGGCUGUUCUCCAGGAAGAAAACUUUAAAUUUUAACUUUUACAAUUUAAUAAUCUUUACUAAGCAGUAUGUGCUCUUCUUAAAGUCUGGCUUAAGAUUAAAACUUAAAAAUAUGAGCCCUGUCUGAUUCCCAAUGCUUGGCACGAUUUCGGCAAUUCUGCUGUUACUGCACCUGAUACUGUUGUUGUUGUCUAGCUGCACCUGCUGUUGUGGUUGUUUCUGCUACCGCCCUGAUAUUGGAGUAGCGAAGAAUUUGCCAGUUGAUGAGGAAAUGCUGACGCGGACUAUUCCCACGCUUACUGGCUGGUGUGCAAUAGCUCUAAGAACGCUACAGUGGGUAGACUAGCAGACUAAUGUGUUUAGUGCCUCCCUUCUAAAUCGAGGCCGUCCGCGGCCGCUUGCAUGAUCUUGGCUACCGCUUCCUUCUUGUCAUUUGUGUCCUUUAUUCGUUUACUCGUCCUGCGUAUCCAAAAUACUAAUGCUGCACCUAUAAUGAUAGCAACGCCAGUAUCACUAACAAGCAGAGGGUAGUGCGGUUAUGGACCAUUUCAUGUAACUUUUCAAUGCGACCAAAGUUCCUCAAAUUAAUUUUGCGCAAAUAAGGUAGGCUUAAAAUUUCCAAAUGGUCGGUCAAGUUAACAAACUGUGUUGAGGGAAUCCCAGGUCGGAGCGUUGCCUUCACUUUUUCAUUGAAAAAAGUUGUACCAUUUAUGCAAACUUCUCCCUUGAAUGUCACUAAAGAAGUGCCGGAUAUCAUAACCGAUGAUGUUUCUUCUUCCCGAACUUUGACUGUGUGGUCGUUUAUGAUGAUUAAGCCACUGUCAACUUCGAUGAUCGGAUCAAGGUUAUUGUAGGUAGUUUUGCAUGUCGCCUUAUUAUUGUGAAAUAGUUGUCUCACACAUGUAGAAUCCGUUUUUAUUUUACAGAAACUUGCAGAUAGCGCUGUCGUGCAAUUUUUAACUAGAACUGUUGAAUUGCCGCAAUCCGCCGGAAAACCCCUAACUAAGCUGCAUACUUUUUGUAUUCUAGGAAACUUAACAAUGAAGUAUAUUACAUCAUCAUUUUGAAAAUUUUUUAAGUUAGAGUUACUUUCAAUACCGCUUAUGCUUGCAUUUAAAGUGUACUCAGUGAUUUCAUCCGUAUCCGAAAUUAUAGGAUUUACAGCAUUUAAUUUACCUAAAACUAUGGAAUAAAUUACAUAUAUUGUCCAAAUCUGUUAUAACUGCCCUAUUUCUGGCCAUUAGUAAUUCGAAAAGAUGGCCAGUGUUAAUGCCGGCUUUUUUUGUUUAGCAAUAAUUUUGUUAACAGUCUCAGUAAAUUUUUCGAUCUGCUGUUGUAUCUGAGUGUUUAUGAAAAAUUUACGGUCAUAGGAUUCUAUAAGUUCUUGUGUUUUAAAUUUCAGUUCGUUAAAAUCGUCGAAAUCUGGGGGGUUACUCUGUAAGGCGUUACGAAUAGCAAUGCGUUGCGAAAGUGAAUUGCGUUGCGAAGGGCAAACGGUACUCUGUAACACGUUUGCAUUGUAAACAGUGUUGCACUGUUUUCUCGUUGACAUAUUUCCAGUAUAGUUGACAUUACUGACCGAAACGAAGGAGAAUGAAAACAAAAUCAAUAACAGAAAAGUGAAAAAGUGUAGAAAAUUGACAUACAAACAUAAUUAAAUUUGAAAAGUUUUAUAUAAAAGUAAUUUUAAAUCAAUAAAAAAAGGUGUGGGCAUGGAUUCCGUUGUGUUAUGGGAGGAAAACACAAAAGAUGAACGAGUUGAGCGGAAAAUUAUAAGGGUCAAGUCUAAUGUGAAGAGUCUUAGUGAAAAAAGUUUCGCGCAAAACUUUCGCUUAAGGAAAUAUGUGUAUUUUCAUUCAAAUAUGUGAUGGAUAGCAUAAGUAGUGAGCUAAAAACUCCACGUAGGUCCACAGGAAUACCCGAAAUUGUGAAAUUAGCAGCAACUCUAAAAUUUUUGGCGCAGGGAGGGUAUCAACAGCAAAUUGGACAAGAUCACCAUAAAGCUCAACAAACAGUUUCGCGUUGUGUGUUUGAAGUUUGUAAAGCAACCGAGAAAGUGCUUUGUCCAAAACACAUAAGUUUUGCAAUGUUUUCAGAGGAGAAAAAUGAAGCGAAACGAGCUUUCUACUCAAUGUGUGGAAUUCCAGGAGUAAUUGGAGUGGUGGAUGAUACUCACAUCCAAAUGAUACGACCGGCAGUAAAUGAACAUUUAUAUUUCAAUAGGAAAUUAAAACAUAGUAUAAUUGCUAUGGUGAUAUGUGAUCAUAAGAUGAUAAUAAAAGCCGUUAACGGUCGGUUUGCUGGGGCGUGUCAUGAUGUUUGGAAUUUGUCAAGCGAGCGCCAAUAUUUACAAACCAACUAUGUGAAUGGAGAAAUAGGAAUUCGCAUUCCUGGCGACUCUGGGUAUCCGUUUGAGCCAUGACUUUUAACUCCAUACAGAAAUGCUAUUGAAAACUCUGCUGAAAGUUACUACAACUUAAAGUUUUCAAAAGCCAGAUUCCUUAUCGAACGCAUAUUUGGAGUAUUAAGAGCGCGGUUCCGAUGGUGCAAAUUUUGAACGUACUUAUAUUGUGCUCUUCAUAAUAUUUGCACUCUUUUUUAAUGUAGAAUCACCUGCCAAUAUAGCAAUAGAAGUGGAAGAAGUCGAUGCUAGUUAUACUGAAACCAUAGGAAAUGCGAAUGAAACCAAUAUUGCUAAACGUUUAAGGGAUCAAAUA